AAGGACAUUGAACUGUGGGAAAAUCUGUCAACUGGCCGUCUGUACUUACAACGGUCAGCCACUGCUUUGUUCCUUCUCACCUUCCUUCUUCCUUAUUUUCUUUUCCAUAUCUGCUUAUCAUUUCUUCUCCCGCCCCUCGCUAGUGCGCUUCUGGGUGUCACCUUUCAUACGCGUCCACUGCAGCUUUCUCGUACAAUCAUACAACCUUUUGGAGCCAUGGGGAACUGUGUAUCCCAACCAGGGAAGGAAGACAAGGAGAGGAGUGACGCUAUCGACAGACAGAUCGAGGACGAUUCGAAAAAGUUCAAGAGGGAAUGCAAGAUUCUCUUAUUAGGCUCCGGAGAAUCCGGGAAAUCAACUAUUGUCAAACAAAUGCGUAUAAUUCACAAGGACGGCUUUCCAGACUCUGAACGCGCAACAUAUCGCAGUAUUGUGUAUCGCAACGUUCUUGACUCAGCUCAAGCUAUCAUCGUAGCUAUGCGUAAGCUCGGCAUUGAUUGUACAGUUUACUCAAAUAGAAUGCUUGCCGACAAAAUCAUGGACUACCACCUCGACGAGACGACGGCGUUCACAUUGUCACCUGAAAUAGCAGAUGCGAUACAUCAAUUUUGGGGCGACCCGGUCAUGAGCAAGGUUGUUGACGAGCAUGGCAGCGAAUUUUAUCUCAUGGAUAGUGCACCUUACUUCUUCGGGGAGGUCCUUCGAAUAGGCUCGCCCGACUAUCUCCCCACCGAAACAGACGUGCUGAGAGCACGACAGAAGAGCACCGGGAUAACCGAGACGAGAUUCACAAUGGGUCAAUUAUCCAUUCAUAUGUUUGAUGUUGGCGGCCAGCGCUCAGAAAGAAGAAAAUGGAUACACUGUUUCGAAAGUGUCACCAGUAUUAUCUUUUGUACAGCGUUGAGCGAAUACGACCAAGUUCUAUUAGAAGAACGGAACCAGAAUCGAAUGACGGAAUCGUUAAUCCUCUUUGAGAGCAUCAUCAACUCUCGCUGGUUCCUCAGAACAAGUAUAAUUCUAUUCCUAAACAAGAUCGAUGUGUUCAAGAAGAAAUUGCCGAAGGUCCCUCUAGAACGCUACUUCCCGGAAUACACUGGUGGGAAUGACAUCAACAAGGCGGCUAAAUAUAUUCUUUGGAAGUUUAUGCAGGCCAAUCGCGCAAGAUUAAGUGUCUACCCGCAUUUAACGCAAGCAACAGAUACCACGAACAUUCGUCUGGUAUUUGCAGCUGUCAAGGAGACCAUCUUACAAAAUGCACUGAAAGAUUCUGGUAUCCUGUGAUAUCUUUGGGUGGGGUUGUGGUUUGGGAGAUUCAGGAAGAAGAAACUAUAUUCUUAUUUUAUCGCAUUGCCCUCGAGCACUAGGCUUCGUUGGGCAUAUCGAGCUCUGGAAUCUGGAAUCUGGAAUUGGUUGGCAGAGGACACCGCGAGGGUG